GUAGAUAAGUUUAUUAUUAAGCAUAAAAGGUUAUGUUAUCUUCGAAUUAUAUUAUUGAUUAUCGACAUGAUAUAAUUUUUAUUUUAUUUAGAAUUUUAAUUUAUACAACAUUAUAUAAUAAUUUUUAUAAAAUGAGUAAAAAAUUAAAGCUAAAUGAUGCACUUAUAACAUCAAGAUCUUUACGAUCAGAAAAUAAAGAUCACAAUAAAGAUAUAUCGACAACAACAUCAAAAUAUUUUAACGAUAAAGUUGUAAAAAAAAUUGAAAAAAAAAAACGUACUCCAGUAAAAAUUAAAUAUGAAGAAAUGGAAAAUAUAACUGAUUCAAAAAUCAAUAAAAUUGAAAAUUUACAAGAGGAUACUAUAAAAGAAGAUAUAAAUGUAAUAAAUAAAUGGGAACCAUCAAAUUGGGAAACUAUUGUAGAAAAUAUUAAGGAAAUGCGGAAAUAUAAAACAGCACCUGUAGAUGAAAUGGGUUGUCACAAAUGUACUGAUCCUAAAGCUACUGCUAAAGUUGCUAGAUAUCAAUCAUUAAUUGCAUUGAUGCUUAGUAGUCAAACUAAAGAUCAAGUAACUCAUGCAGCUAUGCAGAGAUUGAUUACUUAUGGUUGUACUCCAGAAAUAAUAGCAGGUACUCCUGAUGAUACUCUUGGAAAACUUAUAUAUCCAGUUGGAUUUUGGAAGAGAAAAGUAGAAUAUAUUAAAAAAACAACAACUAUUUUAAUUGAUAAAUAUGAUAGUGAUAUUCCUAAAACAUUAAAGGAAUUAUGUCAGUUAUCAGGAGUGGGACCAAAAAUGGCUCAUAUAUGUAUGCAAAUAGCAUGGGGUGAGGUUUCUGGUAUUGGAGUGGAUACACAUGUACAUCGUAUUUGUAAUAGAUUAGGGUGGGUAAAAAAACCAACUAAAACACCAGAAGAUACAAGAAUUGCAGUAGAAGAAUGGCUUCCAAGAAACCUUUGGAGUGAAAUAAACUAUUUACUUGUUGGAUUUGGUCAAGAAAUUUGUUUACCAAGAUUUCCUAAGUGUGAUGAAUGCCUAAAUAAAGAUAUAUGUCCAUUUACAAAAAAUACAAAAAAUGGUAUGAAAGAAAAGAUAUAAUACAUACUAUAAAACUGUUUAUUACAUGCUAUUAAUAAUAUUUAAAAAGAAAAUUUUGAAAAACCUAACAAUUUAAUUUUUUUUUUGGUUUUCCAAUACGUUUUUGAGCUUUCUCAAUUCUUCUACGUUUUCUCAUACUUUCUUUUUUAUUUUUCUGACGUUCUAAUUUUUGUUUUUUUUGAAAUGCUUUACUUUUUUUCACUUGUUUUAAUGCAGCUUUUUUUAUUGCUUUCUUUAAAUCUUUUCUAUUGUCAAUUUGUUUAUUUUUUAUAUUUUCUUUUGAACUUUUAAUUUGUUCUUUUUCCUUUAUAGACAUUCCUACAAUUUCUUCAUCAUUUUCAGAA